GUGAGCUGCUUUGGAGGAGAAGAUUUAUCUGAUACUGGCGAUUAUUGGAGGCUUGAGAUUGAGGGGAGUGGGAAAACAUGGAGGCAAGACCAAAAGUUCAGGCUUCAGCAUGUGGACACUGGUGGUUAUCUACUCAGUCACGACAAGAAAUACCAAAGGAUAGCUGGAGGUCAACAAGAGGUUUGCGGUGUGCGAGAUAAACGUCCUGAUAAUGUUUGGUUGGCAGCAGAAGGUGUAUACCUCCCAGUCACUGAAACGAAGUAGACUUUGUCACCCUGCUCUCACUAAUGCUGAAAAACCGAUGGAGAGAUGACAGGUUAUGGUGGUGAGUACUGAAAGCAUAAUUCCAGGAGCAAUAGAAGUAUAUAUUCAAAAUCAUGUAACUAGUUAUCAACUGAUUUAUAUCAAGAGCUCCGGUAUUCAUACCUGGGGGACUGAAGUGAUCACUCACUAUGUAGAGUUCUAGCAACUUCUGCACCAAUAUUCUGAGUAGAUUUUGUAGAAGAUAUGUAUGGUCCAUGUGUUUGAAUUUUAUAGCUUAUAUACCCCAUGGAUUCGUCUGAGCGUUUUCGUGAUAA